GGCACAAGCGGACCGGGGCAUGGCGUAAGCGGACCAGGGCAUAGCCAUCGCGCUCCACUCGGAGGACAUACAUGUCGGAGUCAUGGCAGGCCAGGACGCCCAUGAUACACAUCAUGGCGGCCACGGCCGAGGGAGACUGUCGUCGGUCUUGGUCCCGUUUGCUGGAGGGGCUCUGACGAUUAUACAUGCUGCCGCAGUACUGCUGGCUCAUCACGAUACAGCGGCAGCUGCCUCAUGUAUGCUGCCGCGACCGAUCCUUCCUGGGGCUUUGAUCGCUUGUAGCACUUUGCAUGUCCUGGCGUCUUUGGAAAAAUGGCCUCCGCAGUCUCACGAACUCUUCCAUCACCACCGCUGUCGCACAAUCCACGUCGGCUUUGAUGCCAAUUGUCCCCGCUUUGGCAGCAUUGCACCUCGCAAAAUCCAACCGCGUCUUCAACAACCCUCGUUCGCGUUGCGAUAUGCAGUUCCAACGUAACGACAUUGAGCGUUGAGCGUCGAGCAACAACAUUGCCAGAGUGACUAGUUGGUCACCUGCCAAAGAGAUCCUAUCGAUCGAUGUCUCCGCCCAGCUUUCUGGGACGAGCCGACGCAUCAAGAUGUGUAUACGUGCCUAGCAACCUGCGUUCUGGACAGCUGAUCCUCCAGGACAGCGGCUCUUGCCA